UGUGAGGUGGCAGUUGGGGGAGGAGAAAAGGGGAAUUCUAUUGCCUGAGUGAUGUGGGUGGAGCUCGAUGAGGCAGGCUUUAUAGGUAGAAGCAGGCCUGAGGGCUGGCCACAGUCACUGUGUGUGACUAGAGAGGGGAAAGUGUGUUUCUGGUCAAGAAAAUGAGUGACUUCCACCUUGAUCUUAAUCCACUCAAGGAGCCGCUGGGUUUAAUCAAACUUCUUGAGUGGUUCUUUUCUAUCUUUGUAUUCGCUACAUGUGGAGGCUAUAAAGGUGUAACCACAGUUCUAGUCUCUUGUAAUGGACUUGUGAAUAGAACAGUAACGGCUUCUUUUGCCUAUCCUUUCAGGUUGAACAAAGUAACGUUUAGUUCACCAGAUCCAACCCAAUGCAAUGGCUCUUGGGGUGAAGUCCACCUUGUGGGCAACUUUGCCUCCUCUGCGCAGUUCAUUGUAACUUUUGCAGUAAUUAUAUUCUUAUACUGCAUGGCUGCUCUUGUGCUGUACCUUGGCUAUAUGCACAUGUAUCGGAAUGGUGGCAAAAUCCCAAUGAUAGAUUAUGUCUUCAGUCUCUGUGCUUUCUUUCUGUGGCUGGUCAGCAGUGCUGCCUGGGCAAAGGCCCUUGUUGAUAUCAAAGUGUCAACUGGUCCACACAUUGUUGAAGAGAUACCGGCUUGCAAAAUGCCAGGGUCCUUCUGCAUUUUUGGUUCUGUUACCAGCAUGGGAAGUCUGAAUGUAUCUGUGGUUUUUGGUUUGGUAAACAUGAUUCUGUGGGCAGGAAAUGCUUGGUUUGUAUACAAGGAGACAAGCCUGCAUAAACCAAACUCCAAUUCUCCUGGCUCUGGGCUCUAUCCACCUGCAUCAGGAAUCUAGACUGGAGAUGAAACUUCAUAGCAAACAGUCAUGUUGUAUCCUGUUAGUAAUCUGGAAAGGCUACCAUUUAAAAUGAUAUAACCUUUUGUGGGUAUAAACUUUGAAGUACUUGCUCUAGAUAAAACUUGUGUUUAGAAGGAUUGGCUUAUAAUACACUGGGUAACUUAAUUCCGUUAAACAUAUGAAAAACCUUGUUAAAAUUCAGUCAGAUCUCGCUUUGUGAAAUAGCAUUAUCUGUAAUGGUGGCUAAAACUUCCAUUUGAUCUGUAAAAAAUCUUGCCUGUAUGACUAGUAUCCUUCCAAUCUCAUGUUCCACUUCUGUUCAGAAUGAAACCUUUUAGAAGAACUGUUGUAUAUUCAGUGCAAAUUAAUGGUGUAUCUUUGCUUAAACAAGUUUGAGUUGUCCGAUAAAAACUCUUCCCCCAAAAUCAGCAUACUUGGUAUUCCUGGCUUCUGUAAUUCUUGAAUGACAGAGAUAAGCAUAUUUUGAAUGUUAAUUUAGGUAUAAGGACUAAGGCAAAUUUAAGUACCUCAGAUAACUUACUGGUCACACUUUGGUUUUAAAAGUAUGACAGAUGUGUGAAAACAGUAACAUUGUAUUCACUUGCUUAAGUAAGCUAAAUCCUGAUCUUCAAUAUACUAGCUAUACAAAUAGGUACUGAGAAAAUAUUGCUGCUAAGACUAAACUUGAGUAAACUUUGAGGAAUUAUCUAUGAUACAUCUAUACUCUUGGCUUCUGUUAAUAAAUUGAAGUUUCUAGAA